GGGUGUAGUGAUCUGUAGGGAUGUUCGCCGCCGUGGAGCGUGGCCCAGUCCUCUGCAGUGACUCCAACAUUCUGUGCCUGUCCUGGAAGGGCCGGGUGCCCAAGAGAGAGAAGGAGAAGCCGGUGUGCAGGAAGCGCUACUACGAGGAGGGCUGGCUGGCUACCGGGAACGGCCGAGGAGUUGUGGGGGUCACGUUCACGUCCAGCCACUGCAGACGGGACCGCGCGACCCCGCAGCGAGUUAACUUCAACCUUCGAGGACAUAACAGCGAGGUGGUGUUGGUGCGCUGGAACGAGCCUUUCCAAAAACUGGCCACCUGUGAUACAGAUGGAGGUAUUUUUGUUUGGAUCCAGUAUGAAGGCCGCUGGUCCGUGGAGCUUGUUAAUGACCGUGGUGCUCAGGUGAGUGACUUCACCUGGUCUCAUGAUGGCACCCAGGCUCUCAUCUCCUACCGUGAUGGAUUUGUACUGGUGGGCUCUGUUAGCGGUCAGAGACACUGGUCCUCUGAGAUCAACCUGGAAAGCCAGAUCACCUGUGGUAUCUGGACCCCCGAUGACCAGCAGGUGUUGUUUGGUACUGCAGAUGGACAGGUGAUAGUAAUGGACUGUCAUGGGCGGAUGCUGGCCCACAUUCUGCUGCAUGAGUCGGAUGGCAUUGUCAGCAUGUCCUGGAACUAUCCCAGUUUCCUGGUGGAGGACAACAGUGAGAGCGACACCGACUCUGAUGACUACUCUCUGCCACAAGUGCACAGCCAGAAACCACUGCUGACAGUCAGUUUCACUUCUGGAGACAUCAGCCUAAUGAACAACUACGAUGACCUCUCUCCCACCGUCAUCCACACUGGUCUGAAAGAUGUGGUUGUCCAGUGGUGCUCACAGGGGGACCUCCUUGCAGUGGCAGGGAUGGAGAGGACACCCCUCUCCCCUGACCCAUCCUGUCCUCCCCCCAUCAGGAACGCUAUUGUCAAGUUCUACAAUGUUCGGGGUGAACACAUCUACACACUUGACACACCAGCACAGCGCUCCAUCACUACACUGUGCUGGGGACACCGGGACUCUCGCCUGUUCUUGGCGUGCGGCCCAGCACUCUAUGUUGUGCGAGUGGAGCACCAUGUUGCCAGCCUGCAGCUCCUCUGCCAGCAGGGCAUUGCCACAGCAGUGAAGGAGGAAAAAGACGUUGCCAAGCUCACCAUGCCUUCCCGCCUCUGUUCUUAUGUCACCGCUGCUUUCAUUCCCACCAUCAAGCCCCCCAUCCCAGAUCCCAACAACAUGCGGGAUUUCGUGAGCUACCCAACAGCUGGGAAUGAGCGUUUGCAUUGUACAAUGAAGCGUACAGAAGAUAAUCCUGAGGUGGGCGGGCCGUGCUACACUCUGUACCUGGAGUAUCUUGGAGGUUUGGUGCCUAUCCUCAAGGGCAGACGAAUAAGUAAACUGCGUCCAGAGUUUGUCAUAAUGGAUCCCAAGACAGAUGGGAAAGCUGAUGAGAUAUAUGGCAACAGUCUGAUAUCUGCCAUGGUUGACAGCUGUAACUGCUCAGACUCCAGUGACAUUGAGCUGAGUGAUGACUGGGUUGGCAAGAAAUCUCCAAAAAUAUCCAGGGGCAGCAAAUCCCCCAAACUGCCAAGGAUCAACAUUGAUCCCAGAAAAUCGCCCAAACUGUCUCGUGCUGCGCAGGAGAUCUCCAGGUCACCACAGUUACCAAUAAGGAAACCCUCAAUUGGGUCACCCAGUCUAACACGGAGGGAAUUUCCUCUAGAUGACAUCACUCAGCAAAAUUACCUUGCUCAGGUCACAUCUAAUAUUUGGGGAACAAAGUUUAAGAUAGUGGGGCUGGCUGCAUUCUUGCCAACCAAUCUUGGUGCAGUCAUCUAUAAGACAAGCCUCCUCCAUCUGCAGCCCAGACAGAUGACCAUCUACCUGCCAGAGGUGCGCAAGAUCUCCAUGGAUUACAUUAACCUGCCUGUUUUCAGUCCCAGCGUCUUCAGUGAGGAUGAAGAUGACCUGCCUGUCACAGGUCCUGCUGGUGGCGCUGAUGACAACCCGCCCUGCACUGUCAACAUCCCCAUUGCCCCCAUCCAUAGUCCUGCCCAGGCCAUGUCCCCUGCCCAAAGCAUUGGCUUGGUUCAGUCCCUCCUAGCGAAUCAGAAUGUUCAGCUGGAUGUCUUAACAAAUCCCACAGCAACCCCUGCUGGAGCGNCUGCCAGUGGGUCUGACCAGAGCCAGGAUGGGAUUCUGACAGCCCAGUACACAGUACCUACCAGGUUUUCCAGUCCCGGUCAGGUCAUCUUUGGGGGACUGGAAAUGGGUCGCCUAAUGGUGGGACCUCCACCUUCUUAUCAUCCUUCACAACAACAGCAAGAACAACCAAAUCACCAUCAGCAACAACAACAACAUCAGCAGCAGCAUCAACAACUACUACAACACCACCCACAGCUUCAGCAGCAGCAGAUACUCCAGCAGCAGCACUUACAACAGCAGCAGCUUCAGCAGCAGCUUCAACAUAUACAACAGCAUCAUCAACAGCAGCUCCAGCAUCACAUACAGCAACAGCAGCAACAACAAAUUCAGAUUCAGCAGCAGCAGCAACAGAUGCAACAACAGCAGCACCACCAUCAGCUUCAGCAACAGCUUCAAAUUCAAAUUCCCGUUCCCUCUAUGUCAUCAGGACAGUCUUCAGGUGCGGCUAUGCAUCAGCUCCAGCUGGGGGCACUACAGAUCCAGAUCCCUCAACCACCGUCUAAUUUAGUGGUUGAGAGAGCUGUUGGGGGUGAACAGGAUCACCUACUGAAAAUCAAGACUACUCGGUCAACUCCACAGCUGGCUGAGGGUGACACAGUGGUGUUCAGUGCCCCUCUUGAGCUCAGCAAGAUGAACCCCCCACCCCCCUACCCCGGUACAGUGGCUGCUUCUGCCUCAGUAUCAGCUUCUACUGCAGCUUCUAAUGCCGCAUCUGAAACAGGAGCAGGCACCAGUGGGACUCCUCCUCCUGGUGACCUUUGUUUGAAGAAGGGAGAGUUCCAACUUUAUCCUUCAGGUCAGCAACAAGCGCAAUACCCCACACCACUGGGAUAUGAAAGGAUAACGACAUUUGACAGCAGUGGGAAUGUGGAGGAAGUAUGUCGUCCUAGAACGCGCCUUGUCUGCAAUCAGAAUGUGUACACACUCCAGGGACCUGGCAGCUCUGCCACUCUCAGGGUCACCUCUUCAUCUUCCUCCUCCUCCUCUUCAGGACCCUACACCUCUGCCACUCUCAACAGACUCACUGUACCUCGCUACUCCAUACCCAGCGGAGACCCACCCCCUUACCCUGACCCAGCCAAUCAGAACAGUUCUGUAGGCAGGAAUCCCGGGCAGAGGCUGGACAGCAGUCUGAUCCAUGCCACUCUCAGGAGGAACAGCCGAGAGGCCGCUCUCAAAGUUUCCCAAAUGCUGGAACCGCCUAGACCACUGCCUCCUAAGGCCAAAAAUAGCGCUCUAGCAGCCUCAUUCCAGCAGAGGGUUCCAACAGCCUUAUAUACAUGCAGUCAGUGUAGCAAUGGAUCAAGUGUAGGAAAUACUACCCCAGGGAGUGCUAAUGGAAUAGCAGGAGGAACUAUUAUCAGACAAGAUUUCCCUUCAGGGAAUGGGGCACCACACAGCACAGUUAUUGUUCACUCCAAUGGUGCCACUCCUCUGUCCUCCCAGUCUUCUUACAACCUGCUGCACUCUCUUGAAGGAUCUGGGAAUGCAGCAGGGGGAGGAAGUAACAGAGACAGGGCUGACUAUGUUAAUUCAGCAUUUACUGAGGAUGAAACAAUGAACCAGACACUGAAGAAUCUGGCACUAGGAGCAAAUGAUGCAUCAGGGCUAGUUGUCAGGCGCCCACCUCCCUACCAGUGGGACCCAACUGCCACCGAGGAGGUGUGGGUUCCUCAGGAAAGGACAGCAACAUUCAACCCCACAGGCCUCUCUGGAUCCCACAAACCAUCCCCACUUAUUCUUAGUCCAGCUCAGCCCUUGGAUGCAUCCAGGCUACCUUUUGUACUUUCUCCAAAGUCCCCCAUCAGCCCCAGUGCUGCAUCAUUUCAAGCUGCUGCAACAGCGGCAGGGUACCAGAUCUCUCUCCAGUACCCUUCAGCAGCUGCCUAUUCUGGAGCGCAGCUCCAGCCUGUGCCAGGGUCACCACAUCCCUGCUCCUCCCCAAAAGAGAUGGUGGCACCAGUACCUUUCUCACAGCAGGAUGCAGCCCUUGUCUUACAGCCAGGUUACCCUGCAAACUUGGCAAACCUCACCUGCUGCCCCCUUCCACCCAUGUAUCCAGGAGGAAGUGCCUAUGCUGGGCUGCCCAUUCCUCCCGUUGCCCUUCAAACUCCUUGGGGUACCUAUAACUCUUGCCCCCCUAUGCCCAGUCCCAGUCCUGCAGUGCCACUACCACCCAAAGCCUCCCACGUGGCAGUAGACAAAAGUGUUCUCUCACCUCCUCCUCCUGCACCACGACCCCCUCUGCCACCACCAGCAGAAUCACAGAACCAUGGAGGAUUACAAGAGGCCAUGGCAGAUGCUGGGGAUGGUUUUCAGGAGGUGCUGUCUUUAACUGAGAGCCCUGUGCCACAGCGGUGUGAAAAGUUCAGCAAGAAGAACCGAAAGCGUGCAGAUGGUCGGGCUGAUGAGGCUAACGUGCCACCUCUGGCUGAAGGGAGCAAGUCAAAAAAGGAGGGCAGGGCUCUGGGUGAUUUCAACUCACUCAUCUCCAGUCCACGGCUGGGAGGAAGGGACAAGAAAAAGCUGAAGGGACAGAAAGACCAGCAGUUGAAGGCUAAGAAGUUGAAUAAAGCCACUGCCAACAGUGAGUUCCAAGACAGCUCGGAAAGUGAGCCAGAGCUUUUCAUCAGUGGGGAUGAGCUGCUCAAUCAGUGCCAGAGUGGAAAAAAGGGCUGGAAGAGUAAGAGGAACCUGAGGACUGCCAGUGAACUGGAUGAGAUCAAGUGUCGAAAGGCCAACGAGAAGGAGGACAGAGGGCUUGGCAGCCAGGGGUUUGUGUAUGUCAUGGCCAACAAGCAGCCACUGUGGAAUGAAGCGACACAGGUCUACCAGCUGGACUUUGGUGGGCGUGUCACACAGGAGUCUGCCAAGAACUUUCAAAUAGAACUGGAGGGCAGACAGGUGAUGCAGUUUGGCAGGAUUGAUGGCAAUGCCUACAUUCUGGACUUCCAAUAUCCAUUUUCUGCUGUGCAGGCCUUUGCAGUGGCUUUAGCCAAUGUCACUCAACGCCUCAAAUGAAAUGUCCCCUUUCUGCUUACCCUGAGUUAUAUCUGGGAUAUAAAUGCACUCUGCUGAAGGAGCACAGCUGUUUUCAUUUGAGGUUAAUAAACUGGAAUAGUAAAAGCCCUGGUCAUACAGAGAGAGAUACAAUCACGCUGCACUACACAAUGCUGCCACUAGAGUUGGUGCAAUAUGCAUUGGCUGCAUUUGCCAAGGAUCCCCUCAGAUUUGCUCUGUUUGGCAGUCAGUGGCACCAGGCGAUGCAUGCAGGGCCAAAGAGCUGAGCUUUGGUAAUCAUCAUGCAAAUAAAUGCUGCUUUAGCUACAAGACGUUUAUAGAUGUGAUAACCAGUCGGUUAACCAAGAGAGGACUGUCAAGAUGCAGUUUGUAAAAGAGGCAGCAGUAAUACUUGAAAACCACACUCUGGAGAUCAAAAAGUUGUUUUUUCCCCAGAGUGCACAGGUACUAGGCUACUGGACAUUGAAAUCCAUUGCUGUACAAACCUUCGGUGAAACAGUUUUAUUAUACAGCUUUUAGGACUUUAUUAAAUGUUUAAACAUGAUGGAGGGUGGGAGUGCCAUUUAUUUAGUUACUAUCUCGGUCUUUCUUGGCUGGAAGUGAGGCUUAGGUAUCCAUCCAUCCAUUUUCUAUACCGCUUAGUCCCAAACGGGGGUCACGGGGGGCUGGAGCCAAUCCCAGCCGGCUGCGGGCGAGAGGCGGAGUACACCAUGGACAGGUCGCCAGUCCAUCGCAGGGCUAGUGAGGCUUAGGUAUAUGCAUUAAUUAGGAGCACUACUAAUAGUUCACACUUUUCACUGUUGUCAAAGGUGUGUCACUGUUAAUCUUUGGAAGGUCAAGGAGUAAGUAAAGGUGAGGUGAACUGCAGUGUUUUCCACUUUGAAGGAGGAGAAAUGUUACUCUGCUACAUGGAUUAAUUUAUGUACAUUGUGUUGUUUAUCUGUUCAGAUAUGAAUUCUAACAUUACUGUCAUUGCUUGUGAUAUAAAAUCUUCAUACCUUGUCUAUAUGGAUUUCGGCUUAUAUGCUGUAUUUUGGAGACCGGUGGUAGAGUUUGAAUAUUGCUGUGUAGUCUGGAGUAUUCAGGCGGGAGCAGUCUACAGAAUAGCUUUGACUGACAUGUCCUGUACUUAGUGAAAUAUCUACAUAUUGUGACAUGGGCACAGGAGAAAUCGCCAAGGCCCGGAUUGAACAACUUUGGGCAAGUGAUUUGUCACCUGCUGUCACUUCUGUGAAGUGAUUAUGUAGUUGGGAGACUGUCCCUGCUCUUAAAGACCACACUAAACAUGUAAGCAAGGUACAGGAAAUUUUAUUUUUGUAUAUUUCACUUAUGCCAUUUCAUACUCUUUUCAGAAGUCAUGUAAAUGCAUAUCAGUCAUAUGUAUAUGUUGUAAAGAGAUAUGGUUGACUUUGACAGAUGUCUGUUUACAUCUGUCUCCACUGUGUUCUAAGUGUAAUUUCAGCUGUGGAGUGAAGCUGUAGUACCGUUAAACUCAACAGCUAUGACCACAAAAAAAGUUUAGCCUAAUACAUUGUCACUGAAUCUUUGAAGUCAGAACUCCAAUGAAGGAUGAAGCUAUUGAAAUUAAGCUGACACUGAAUUCUGAAAAGCUGGUUUAUUUUUUUUUUAAUUUCAGGCAGUGAAGUUUGUGUUCAUGCUUAAAUAAUGACACUGAGCAGGGCCAACCUUUUAAGAGUUUGGGCAAAUUAUUAGACACACCGCAGAUACUGUAUCUGUAAUAGGUUUUAUUUGCAUAAGAUGUUGCUAAAUUGCUAAAAGCAACAGCAAUGUUUCAGCUCAUUGAAAGGCAGUUGUGAUUAAGGUUACCUCAAAUUUGUGCCAAAAUAUGCAUUUGCUAAAAUUUAAAGUUUGAAUAAAUAAACCUAGAAAGAAGUGUAACUUAAUUCUAGGUAUAAAAAUCUGUCAUUAUGGUCUCUGAAUUAAUUAGAGUACAUAUUUUAGUGUGAUAUUUCCAUGUCACAGCAAAAUGUGUAUCUCAGAGUGGGGUUGUAGGGUUGGGGGGGACUGAAAAAGAAUUUCAGAAAAAAUUCUAAACCGUUAAAAAAAAAACGUGAGCAUAUCCUAAAAAAUUUUUUUUUUUUUUUUGUUGUGCAAUAUUUUCUUAGGGGAAAACGUCCUUUGUCAUUACUUUUUACCACAGUUAAUGCCGUUCUUUUAGUUUAGCAUCUCAGUUACUGGUCUGUAUGUUUUAUUUAUGAGAUUAUUUCCUAAAAGAGAUAUAGUAUCUAUAUUUACUGUAUAUUGCUGAGUUUUUCCGAACAUUUCUUUGUGUUGACAAAAGUUUGCAAUUUUAUCAGGUGAUCUGUUGUAGAUACUGUAGGAUUUGGCUUUUCUUUAGGAAAGAGAUGUGCUUUGUAUUUGUAGGUGUAGAUUUAAAUGACAAACACUUGAAAAGUCAGAUUUGAUGACUGAACGUUUAUAGUAAAUGGAUAGUAAGGCAUGCCAUGUAAAUUAUUUUAUAAUUGUAUAUGUACGCAUCUUUUGAAUAAAACAUAAUUGUU